GAAACCGGAAGAAGAGAGCACAAUCUCCACGUUAGUUUUCUACACUUACCGAUCAUCAUGAACUUUGAUGAAGCCAAGUUGGAACUUCAGCAGCUGCUGAACAAAGUGAGUCCGCCUGAGGUGGGGAAGCUGCUGGACUGGAUGAAGAACUCAGAUGAGCUGGACCACCUGCUGCUGGACAACAACAAGCUCAUCCUGCAGAACAUUGCAGACGACCUGAGACCCAGACUGCCUCUGGAGGCCAUGUUCCCGUCAGAAGCUGCUGCCCACCAGAAGAUGCAGCAGUGUGCACGGCCAACAGUGCACGUGGACAGCUUCCUGUACAGUGACGAGCAGGUGGACGCUCUGUGUGAGGAGGGGGCCAUGAGCAGGAACUACUGCCUGAGCUGCGGAUCCUUCAGAACCGCUCCGUUGGAGUUCAUCUCUCAUUCCUUCUCGGCGACAGAGCUGCAGUUCCUCUUCCAGAACCUUCUUCCAGAUUUGAGCGGGCGGACCGUGGUGGACGUUGGUUCCAGACUAGGAGCUGUGCUUUAUGCGGGUUAUUUGUACAGCUCAGCGUCUCGGCUGUUUGGACUUGAACUCAACGAGGACUUCAUCCGGCUCCAGAACGACAUCGUGCACAAAUACAAGUUUUCUGACAGAGUUCAGGUUCUGCAUGCUGACGUCUGCACACAAGAAGUUCUGCUGAGCAGCACCGAUGUUCUGAUCAUGAACAACGUCUUCGAGUACUUCAUGGAGUCCAGCCAACAAGUCAGGGCGUGGAGCUUCAUCAUGCAGACCUUCAGGAGGAGAGGCUCGCUGCUCGUCACGGUUCCCAGCCUGCAGGAGAGUCUGAGCGCCCUGCAGCCCGGCUGGGUGGAAGAACUUCCUGUGGACUAUGACGUCUACCUGGGCCGAGAUACGGACCCUGAGGCUCUCAGACAGAUCCACCUCUACAGAAUCAUGUGACACCGGGGAGGCGGAGCUUUACGUUCCAUGCCCCCCUCCUGAGCAUCGAAUGACACCUGAACGUGUUAAAUAUGAACGUCUGAACAAAC